CAAGUGUCAGUGUCACGCGAAAGUCAAAUGAAACGUGUGUUGCUGUUACAGAGCGUGAUCAAAACAUUAAUUUCUUCACGGAAUUCCUCACUUUAUCGGAAAUUAUAGAAAUUCUAUUACAUCAGAUUAUGCCAGUAUAAACGAUUGUUUAAAUUAAGAGAUUGUGCUGACCUAACAUGCAAUAUGGCUAGUCGCAAUUGGGGUUUCUGUGACUUAUUUAUAAACAAGAAUUAUGAACUCGAGAAAUUGCAUCUCCUUGAACAGCUUGGAUUUAAUACGGUAGCCAUAAAUACGCACGUUGAAGAACCUUCGGACGAACCCAAAAAGAAGAAAAAGAAAGGAGAACCAAGAGAUAAAAAAGAUUACGUGCCUCCAGCAAUAGAUUUGCCAAAAGAUUUAUCUGAUGAAAUAAAACUUAAUAUUUUGCAAAGGGUUACAAUAGAAUUCUCAGAUUCUAGUAUAGCUCACAAAAUAAAUCAAUCAGAGAAUUUAAAGAAGUACGACAUUAUUGCAGUAAUACCCAAAACUUUACAAGCAUUUCACUAUGCUUGUGGAAAUAUGGAUAUAGACAUAAUAUCAUUUGAGCCGGAAAGUAAGAUACCUUUCAAAAUCAGUCGUAAGCUAUAUUCACAAGCUGUGGAGAGAGGUAUAUUCUUUGAGUUGAUGUAUUCCCCAGCUAUCAGAGAUUCUACCUCUAGGAAGAACAUUAUCAGCACUGCUCACACUUACCAUGCGGUUGGUAAAUCUAGAAACAUAAUCGUCACUAGUGGUGCUGAAAACUACAUGCAAGUCAGAGAUGUGCAUGAUGUCAUUAAUUUGGGUUUUAUACUUGGCCUGAACAGCAAUGAGAGUCUUGAAGUUGUCAGGAAUAAUCCCAGGAGACUCAUUUUGAAGGCAGAAGGAAGAAAACUGGGGAAACACUACAUGCUUGUUGAACCGUUCACUGAAACGGACAAUAAAAUGUCUGAAGAUUAUAUUGCAUUAUUUAUUGACCUUAAAUAG